AUGCUCCAGAAAAUCGCUACUUUGCUCGAACCAGCCCAUUUAUGGACAUGGGCUGUAUCUCAUUAUCUUCGAGUCUGUCUUGAGGAGGUGUUGAAGGGCCAUAUCCUUGCCCCAAUCUUUCAGACCAAAAACCUCCGUGAUGAAUCUUUUGCCCGUUUCUGGCUUGACUUCAGUGCCUUCGUUGAUAAAAUGUCAGCUCAAUUCGGAUUGAGGGGUUCCUCAGCUCUGAUCCCACCGAUUUUAGAAACAGCCACGGGCAUAGUUCUUGACAUUGGCCCCGGAACCGGUCCUCAGAUGCCAUACCUGUGCUCCCCAGCCAUCAAAGCCAUCUAUGGCCCAGAACCAUGUCUCGGCCUGCAUCGUGAGUUGAAAGCCAAAGCCACUUCCGAGGGCCUAGGUGAAAAGUACUACGUGCUGCUAAGCAGUGUGGCAACAGAAGAACUGCUACCCACAUUACGGGAGACAGGUACAGGAGUAGUUGACUCUUACGAUGAGAAUCCAGAAAACGGAAUCUUCGAUACUAUUGUCUGUGUGCGUGUUCUAUGCUCUGUACCUGAUGUUAACAGCUCCGCUCGUGAACUUUAUAAGCUGCUGCGGCCUGGUGGUCGUCUGCUUGUCACCGAGCAUGUUGUUAACCCGUGGCGUACGGCAAAGGGGUCGCUUGCUUCGAGAAUUGCCCAGGGUGUCUACCAGUUGCUUGGGUGGAGCUUUUUUAUUGGCGAUUGUGCUAUGGAUCGGGAUACUGAGUCGGCUUUGAGGAGGGCUGGGGAGUGGAGUGAAAUUACUUUGGAAAGGUCAUUUGAAUCUUCGCCCAUGCCCUAUUUGUCUGGCAGCUUGGUCAAGGCAUAG